GCGACGCAAAAGAAAUCUACGAUCUCUGCAAACCCUCGAUGAAGUUCUUCGCCGAUUAACGACUAUGCUUAUGCCGAUGUCUUCCCUCCUCAUGACGUGAUUUUAGUUUUCUUCAUCGAAUCAUCAGGGAAUUUGGCUUGUUUUUUACGGAACGAAAUAUUUCUUUAAGGUUCGAGCCGGGAUCCAGAUCGUCGUUGUUCACAAUUUCGUCAAGAUCUUCAACCCUCCCGAUCCGAAGAUCUCAGAUCUACCUCUGAUCCUUCUUUUGGAUAUGCAAUCUCUGGUGAUCUGCAUCUGUAAUCGCUAGAGAUGCUGUUUAUGAAGAUGGAUACUCCUAUAUGAUUAUGGUGGAGAAGGUUUCUUCUUCAUUGGAUGAGUUGUACCUUUCGAGACUUUCCAAUUUUAGCAUUGCUUGACUGCUUGCAACAUGAUGUUAUUAGGAUUUCAAGGUGAUGAUCUCUAGCUUCUUCAAAGACACAGGACUUGCAAAUUCCUUACAGUUGCUCUCUUCUGUCAUCAUGCAAAAUAAUUUACAGGUGUUGGCGCGGUGGCGCCCUUUCGUCUUCGCCUUCUCCCUCUCUCGCCCUUUUUCCGUCCCUCAUGUUGCUCACAUCCCAUUUUCUUACGGAUGGUCCUGAUCUACCACGUUAAAUAAGGUCAUUUUUUAACA